CCGCUUUCAGAGCAUGUCUCCAGCAGCUCCUGGUCCUUCUUAGGCAAGAACAAAGCUCACAAACACAGGAAACUGUCAAAAAUUAUAUAUUUUAUUUUGGAGAGAAAUUAGAACCAGGAACUCAAAGACAGCAAACUGAGGUUGGAGACUACAGCAACCAUCAUGAAGGCUCUGUUCUUAUAUGCUCUUCUGUCAGUGUGCUGGGUAAUGGCCGUUGUGAACUCAAGUGCCAUCGUCGACCCUCCUGCUCCAGAUGCUCCAGAUGCUUCUGAUACAUCUAGCUGUGAAUCUGAUUCAUCUUCAGCUGAGGACACCCAAAACCCACCAGUUCCUGAUUCAAGUUGUGAAUCCUCAGAUGAAUCCAUACCUCCCCCUUUAAGUGAAUCCUCAGAAUCUUCCUUACAUUCCUCCUCAUCAGAAUCUUCAGAGUCCUCCUCAUCUGAACCUUCAGAGUCCUCCUCAUCUGAACCUUCAGAGUCCUCCCCCUCAGAAUCUUCAGAGUCCUCCUCAUCUGAAUCUUCAGAGUCCUCCUCCUCAGAAUCCUCAGAAUCCCUACCGGUGGACAUGAUUCCAUCCCUCGAUAUCGCUUUACCUGAUGGGUUAAGAGCCUUUGGAUCACACGACUCGCCAAAACCCUCUAAAUUGUCCAAAUCUCCUGAACCGGUCGCUCCAGCGUCCAAGUCUCGCGUUAAAGUGGUUGCAAAAAGAGACAUUGCUUCCAUUCUGGGGAAACAAAGACAUGCUUCAGAGAAACCCUCUCCUCCACAGCAGAAAAAAAGCAAAAAAAUGAGACCUGCCAACUAAAUUCUGCCCAAGAUGGAGUGACUGAAACUGGAGCCAUAAUCUCCACACUUAUUUAAUCAAGAUUGAUCUUUGUUCCUGAUUAAGUUUAAACUUACCAGUUUUUAACAAUCUUAGUUUUUAUUUUACUCUUCUUUGUUCCUUAUCAGAGCUUUGAUGCAGUAUCCUCUGAUGUUUUAUUUUUUUCCACAACAUGAAUUAUCAAACAACUAAAAAAAAAA